AUGAGCCCCAUAAACAUUACACAACUCAUUACUUACCGCACAAACUUCAGAAAAAAAAGGAUGAUGAUGAUUUCUAGCCAAUCUUAUUUCUUCUUAUUUAUUUCCCUUAUAUUCAACACUCUUGCUUCUCCUACGCACCAAAGGGACGCUCUUUUGGAGUUCAAAAAUGAGUUCCCGUUCAAUGCAUCAGACCCACAUGCUCCUUCUGAAGCUCCUUUAAGUUCGUGGAACACAAGCAAUAGUGAUGAUCACUGUUCCUGGGAAGGUGUCACAUGCAACGCUCAUUCCAGUGAGGUGAUAUCACUCGUCCUUGAGUACACAUAUCUCAAUGGUUCUUUGAAAGCAAACACUAAUCUCUUAGAACUCCAUCAUCUUCAGCACCUAACCCUUUUCAGUUGCGAUCUCAUAGGAGAGAUUCCUUCUUCAAUAGGAAACCUUUCUCAUCUCAAACACCUUAACAUUUCUGAUAAUAAUUUCCUGACCGGUGAAAUUCCAUCCUCUAUAGGAAACCUUUCUUAUCUAAGUUUUCUUGACCUCUCUCAUAAUUAUUUGGGAGGUAAAAUUCCAUCUUCACUAGGAAAUUUGUCCCGUCUCACAGUUCUUGAUCUUAGUGACAAUCGCUUGAUAGGUGAAGUUCCGCCUUCAAUUGGCAAUCUAAACCAGCUAACAAUUAUGAGCUGUUACUCAAAUAAACUGAAUGGUACAAUUCCUAGUUCAUUUUCAAAUUUCAACAAGAUGUCCUAUUUACUUCUCACAGGUAAUCAGUUCUCCGGUGGAGAUUUACCUCGUAUACUGUCAAACUUAACCAGCUUGUCCUAUUUAGACAUUUCCGAUAAUCAUUUCAAAUCCAAGCUUCCAUCUAACAUGAGUGGACUCCAUAACUUGGAGGUAUUUAGAGUGAGUAGUAACUCUUUAGUCGGGACUUUUCCUACAUCUCUGUUUACGAUUCCUUCACUAAAAGAGGUUUAUUUGAGUGAAAACCAAUUAGAGGGACCCUUAGAGUUUUGGAAUACAUCCUCAUCUUCUGAGUUACAAUCACUAGACCUUGCUUCUAACAACUUCAACGGACCAAUCUUAGAAGAUAUAUCUCGAUUUCUCAAACUAGAGUUCAUAGAUCUUAGCAAUAACAGUUUCAUUGGUCCAAUCCCUAGAUCUAUGCCUGAAUUAGUCUCCCUCACGAUGCUAGACCUCUCUUAUAAUAUGUUGGAAGGUCAAGUACCAAGUUUCUUGUGGAGGCUAGACAAGUUGAUGCUUUCUCAUAAUUCUUUCAGUAGCUUCGAGGAAUCACCUGAAGUUGUCGUCAAUGGAAGUCACUCUGAUGAUCUUGGAUCAGAUUCAUUCCAAGGACUAGUAUCAGAAGUUGAUCUUAGUUCAAAUGCACUCCAAGGACUAAUUCCCCAAUGGAUAUGUAAGUCUACAUCAUUGAGCUUCUUAGAUCUGUCAAACAACCAUCUCUCUGGUUCUAUUCCUUCAUGUUUGAUGAAUUCCGCUGCUUCUCUUGGCGAUAUACUUCUAAGAAACAACACCUUGAGUGGAUCCCUUCCAGAGAUCUUUACCAAUGCCACCAAGUUACGAUCGCUAGACGUUAGCCGUAACCAGUUAUCGGGGAAGCUUCCAAAAUCUUUGAUGAACUGCAAGUUUAUGGAAUAUCUGAAUCUGAAAAGAAACAAGUUCAAAGACACGUUCCCAUCUUGGCUGGGAUAUUUGGGAGAGUUACGUGUUUUGUUUCUCGGAUCAAAUGCAUUAUAUGGUCCAAUCUCUUCACAUAUUGGGUUUCCAAGUCUGCGAGUCAUUGACAUAUCGAACAAUAGCUUCGGUGGAACACUGCCACAAGAUUAUUUUGUGAACUGGCGUGAAAUGUCAUUGGUGGGGGAAGAGGAAAAUGUAAUGUAUAGUGACGGCAUAGAUACAUUUAUGUCACGUAUGGGGGGAUUAAGCUAUGAGGAUUCGAUGGAUAUGAUGUAUAAAGGUGUAGAGACAGAGUUUUCUCGGAUCUUACUUGCGUACAAAGCUAUCGAUUUUUCUGGAAACAAAUUUACGGGACGGAUCCCUAAAUCAGUUGGCUUGUUGAAGGAACUGCGUCACUUCAACUUUUCAAGAAAUGAAUUUACAGGCAGUAUCCCGUCAACUUUGGCAAAUAUAACACAUCUAGAAGCACUAGACCUCUCUCAUAAUAAGCUUUCCGGUAAUAUUCCUUCUGAUCUUGCCAACCUCUCCUUCGUGUCAUACUUGGACUUCUCCCACAACCUUCUCUAAGGUCUUGUUCCACGAAGCACUCAGUUUCAAAGGCAACACUGUUCUUCGUUCGAGGACAAUCUUGGACUCUACGGUCUCGAGGAACUAUGUGGACCGAUCCACGUUCCUCAUUCUACAUCGGGAGAUUCACAACAAUCCGAGGAAUUUUCAUCCGAGGAGGCAGAAGAAGUGUUGAACUGGAUAGCAGCUGCAAUAGCCUUCGGACCUGGUGUGUUCUGUGGACUGGUGAUCGGACAUAUCUUCUUUACUUCACACAAACACAUAUGGUUCAUGGAAAAGUUCGGUGGAAACUGUCCCGGUGGCAUCAUCAAAGUUCGUUAAACUUCUUCAGGCUAUACCAUCUUUGUCAUUGAGUAUGUCAUCGGUCACACAUAAAGAUUACAAUACUGAAGAUUUGGCUAAUGCAAGUUGUGAAGAUUACAAGAAGAAUAAAAUGAUUUGCUCAAAGGCAAAGGAAGAGAUCAAUAAUAUGGGAUGAUCAACUUGAUUGCGAGUCAUCGCAGUUGAUUCUGACAGAUGUCCAUGAUAUGUCAUUAUGGGAUGAUCAAACACCUGCACCUCGUGCAUAUGAUCCGCAAGAACGAUUAGAAGCGGUGUUACUGUUGUUAUGGUACAUCAUUUGAUAGAAUUGUUAUUUUGUUUCUCAAUAUUGGUUUGCAUAUAUAUGUAAUUGUCUGUGAAAUUGGAAGACUUUAAGGGCA